UCAGGGAAGUCAUCAACUUCGGAGGGCAAUCGCGUGCCGUCGAGGCCCCCAGAACCCAGAACCCAGAGCCCAGCCAGCACACGUCCAUAUGGCAACACUUUGCCUUUGACUGGGCCCGAGAACCCAGUGCAUAUCCUGCCGAGUGGCUGGUGGCGAUGACACCCACGUCUCCGCCGCCAUCCGGCAGAUUGCAAUUGGAGCGCCCCGGCGGUGGAUUUAUGAUAAGCGGCACGCAAGCCGGAAGGCCGAAGACUAGCUCAAAGUUUGCGAUGGCAGCGUGAGCUAUCCGCAGGAUAUUGAACUGUAUUUAUGGGGAAACCAUAGCAGCUUUUGUCAUCCCUAGGCUCCGCUGAAGAGCGGGCCUAAACCAACAAAGCUUCAAAGAACUUUUGACGAUGUGUGGAUACCCCUUCACUCCAUGGGGCCAAAGGCCUUGUUGAUGGGCAGGACUCGUGUCGGCAUGCCGCUCCUGUCAGUGUGCAGAUAGCAGCGCUCGGUGUUUGUUUUCCGCUGCCGGUUGGCAGAGGCAGCUCUGAAAAUCGACAGGCCAUCGGUUCAAGGAACACCAUGACCUCCUGGACUACCAUGAAAACGCGGAUAACCGCAUCGGUGCGCACCACCAACCGCAUGAAUGCCCUGCUCUCGGAGUCGAUGUUGAGCCGGCGGAGGGCCGCCCAAAAUCCGGAGGGUGAGGCCACCGCCGGCGGGGAGGGUGGGGAGCCGCGGAAGGAGAAGCCCAAGAACGAUUGGAAGUUCUUCCACACCAACUUCAAUAUGGAACGUGCCCAGAAGAUCAUCGAAGAUUGCAUCGAGGAGCGGCUGCUGUGGGAUCGCUUCAGCCGCAAUUACGAUUCUUGGCGGGCUCUGCAGCUGGUCGAAGGUCUGGCGGCCGAGAUACGCGACCGGGUCAAGAAGCUGAACCACAGGCGCCACCGCAUCGUCUGCCUGCUGUCGAUCGUGGAGAAGCAGAACCAGGGCGUCUUCCAGCGCAUGUGCCACCUGAUGGACGAGAAGCGGGACAACUUCACCCAGCUGGUCUUCGAGCGGCCCACGUACUUCAUGAUCGUGGUGCUGUACCUGGUCUACAAGGAUUAGGUGCGAAUUAGCUGUACUUCCUCCAGUUGCUUGUUAAUUACUGUUGUUAGGUUUAGUUAAGUGUUGACCCACAAAUACGCAUUAGGUUAUGGAAAAAUAAAAAGAAACAUUGGACAAAAAAAAGUGGACACUUGACUUGUCCUCGACUGUAGGCCCCGGCGAGAUUCGAACUCACGAUCUCCUGUUUACUAGACAGGCGCUUUAACCAACUAAGCCACGGCGCCGUUGUGACAGCGGGCGUUAAACUACCCAACUUGAGCAAAAUUUCACACUGCGUAAAGAAAUUUUUUUCGUAAAAAUUAAUUUUGGAAUUGAUAUUUGUUCAGUUGUUUCAAGUCUAAGACAUGGAAUGAGAGAUAUGAUAUGAACGGGUUCUAGACAACUAUGUAUAUUGAUUAGAUUCCUAUGGAACCACUUUACGGAAAAGCUCUAGAUACGGAAGUUCUGCGUAACGGUAAGAAAAAGCUUUAAAGUAGUAUUUGCGGUUCUAAAAGUGUUAUACCGUAAUAUUUGUGCUAAAAGCUUAGCAAGGAACUAA